AUGGCACAUUUAAUAUCUGGGCCUGCUAAAACGUCGAGCUCGGGACAAUUAAUUACACACGCUGGCCCUGUUGGCUUGAUGCGUACAGCAGCACAAAUUAUAACUCCUGGCGUCACCUCCCAGCCCCAAAUGAUUGUGAGUGGACCACCAAUUAUUCAAGGCGCCCCUAUAAUUAGUCAAGGAACUCAGUUAAUAGGACAAACAUCACAGAUUAUAUCACAAUCACAAUUGAUAAAUUCUAGUGGUCAAAUGUUAAGCCCUGGAACACAAAUCAUCAGUCAAGGGACCCAGCUAUCUGUGCAAGUUUCAAAUUCCAAUAAUUCUGCAUCCAAUAAUAUACAAGCAAGUGUAGCAUCAUCUGUUAGUGGCACACAGGUCCUUAAUGUAGGUGGGCAGCUUGUGAGUGGAACUGGUAAUUUAGUUGUAAGUUCAUCUGUGAGAACACUACCACCAAGUGUGAGAGUACUUCCCCCGUUACCACACCACAAUAACAGGCAAGUUUUAUCAACUGUCAAUGUGAGCACAGCAAGUGGAGUAUUAGUGAGCAAAGGCGUGCCAAGUCAUGUACCGAGAGGCUUAGCAGCUGGUGCCUCUUUGGCAGUACGUCCUGUCACUCCAAUAGCAGCUUCACAAUCAGGUUCAAAUCAAGGUGGCAGUGCAUGGUCCAGCAGUGGGAGGGGUCGUAGUGCUUUAGUGUACGGAGGUCGCAGCACUAUACCUCGAAGUACCGCACCACGGGCUCCCACUCCCACUCCCACUUCUGCUGCUCCCACGCUGGCGCCCGUCUCAACACCCACACCGCAGCCGAGUCAAUCGCCACAUUCUGCUACCAUUACUCUGCCCACAAGCACAGUUCUCACGUCCGGCGGCGUGAUAACCAACCCUCGUGCACCCACGCCGACGCCAAUGGCCACAGGGCCAAGACCGCUUCCACUGCUGCAAAGGAAUUACCAACCUGCCAAGGUCGUAGGUGUUGCUAGCGUGGGCGUGCGAGGCGUGGUCGGAAAUAGUGCGCCAUCACAGCUGUACUACGAGGUGCCCCGCGGCACCACGCACCCGCUGCCGCAGCACCAAACGCAACAGAACCAAACGCAGCACCAAACGCAGCACCAAACGCAGCACCAGAUCCAGCACCAGGUUCAACAUGCGCCCCAGAUUCAAGUGCAACACGCGGUGCAACAUCAGACUCAGAUUCAGACCCUGUCACGCCCCCUAACGCCGUACAAUCACACGCAGCCUUCUGUACAAGUAAGUGUUGUCAACACAAUUCAAACACUAAGCGAAAACCGACAAAUGCCUACAUCCAUCGCCACAUCAUCUGUGCUGCCAAGACCAUCCAUAUUGAGGAAACGAGAAAUUGAUGGGUCGCCGUCGAAGCUGAUGGGGGGCGCGGGCGGUGCAUACAGGGAGCCGUCCGCGGCGCCCGGCUGGGAGGACGUGCCGGCGGGCGCGCCCGGGCCCGGCUCCGGCUCCACCACCAUGUCGGCCGCCUCGUCGCCCCAUCACGAGGAGCCGGAGACGCCGCGCGCGCCCGACCUCUCGCCCAGGAAGAAGCCGAGGAAGCAAAUGUUAAGUAAUGAAGUGAGACAAUGCGAGUUUACUACGGAAGAUGCACCUCCGACGCCGCCACCGCCCGUAAAUCCCCUACCUAAACGCCCCCAGCUCAGUUCCAGCUACGUGUGCGGUUGGAGAGGCACGGCGUUGCACUUUGUUAGGCCGGCGGACGUCCGAAGGCGCGAGCCAAGGGCAAGGGACAUCCUCGCCAUCGCCAGCCAGCGGCACGUGCUCACCAGCGCUGAAGGCUGGAAGGUGCACCAUCUCACCGCUCAGAUGGACGACUUGGUCUCCUUGGAAGCAGAUGUCGGUGAACAGCUAGCAGGAGUGUUGAGAGCUCUUGAAAAUGCCUCCGGUCGUGCUUUAACGGCAAUACAGCCGCAUUCUCAUACAUUAUUAGAACUUAUAAAGGGUAACAUUCAACGAAGCAAGAUUGUUUGCGAAGGCAUACAAGAAGCUCGUGAGGAUAUCCUUCGAGUAUUUAAACAUAGAAACUUUGUGUCGGACAUUUUGACUAGGCAAGCUGAUAAACGGUGUUUUAGGAAACACCGUUCACAGUCG